AUUUUCAGAUCGUUUCACCGAUUGGAGUUUUUGAUAUAGCUAUUCGAAGGUCGCGAGUUUUCUGGGCGUCAUAACGAAGUGCUGCAGAAAUUUCCAAGGAGCCAUUGAAUCAUCUGCUUAUAGCCUUCUCUAACCAACAAGUGGUAUCAGAGCUAUUAUCAGCAUUUGGACCUAAAAUACGAUGGGAGAUAAAGAGGACUCUGGUGGAGGUGAUACUUCAGUCCAAGGAGGCAGCUCAACCCAAGAUUCUGGCAUUGCAGCGCAAAGGGGAGCGCGUACAAGCCAGGGGUCACUGCUUAAGGAGGUGCUGAAGAACUUCACCAUUGAGAAGUUCUCUGGAGAUGGCUAUGAUGAUUGGGCAUGGAAGAUGCAGCUCUACUUUCGACAAAUUGGCCUCUUGAAGCUCAUGAUUGGAACGGAGCCAAGGCCAAAGGAAAUGGCAGAGCAAGCGGACUGGGAUGAACGUUCAUCUGCUGGGUACUAUCUACUGUCACAAAGCUUGGAGCUGAACCAGAGGCAUCACAUCAUGCAUCUGCUACCGGAAAUUGAUUGUGGGCCCAAGGCAUGGGCAGUGCUCAAGGACCUGCACGCUCCGACAUCGGUUGCCGCUUCUCUCAUGCUGGAUCGGGAGCUGUCCAUGCUGCGGUUGAGCGAGAAUGAAGCUGUGCAGCCCGUACUGGACAAGAUGAGGGAACUCUACGCGAAAUUGGCGAUUGCAGGCAUCACGUACCCAGAGCAGACAAAGUGUCUCAAGAUGCUCAGCCUGCUGCCGGAGUCUUGGCUGCAAUUUAUAAGCGGACUCAGCUUGCCACAAAACCAAAGUCAAUGGACAUUGGAGUGGAUUCGCACCAAGAUUCUGGAAGAAGAUUUUCGUCGCUAUACACUGCGCGGAGGUGAUGACAGCACCAGCGGCUAUGCCAUGCAAGGGACAUGGAGGGAUCGAGGGCGUGGCAAUCGCGGUCGCUCUUACCACAGCCAAGGUGGUCGCGGGACUUGGAACCAGCGGGGGCGUGGUGGCGCUGGUGCAAGAGGAAGAGGUGGUCACUCCAACAAUGACAACAGUGAACCACGCUUGAGGGGAGAGUGCUGGUAUUGCAAGGAAGAAGGGCAUCCAUGGUUUCGCUGCCCUACCAAGCCCGACUGGUGGACCCCUUGGAACCAAUCGGAGAAGGGGAAUGGAGGAAAACAACCACAUGGAGGUGCCAACAUGGUAGCUGAUCCUGCUGAAGAAACCUCCAAGGAUGACAGAGGAAUGCGAAAUGAGGAGAGGAAUGCUGGACAGUUCUACCAUGUGUGUGACAAAGAUGACAGUGGCACAGCUGUUGCAAGGGCUGGAGAGGAAUUGCACCCGCUUGACAUGUGGGUCAUGGACUCUGGUGCUGCAUGGACAAUGACACCACGCAAGGACUUGCUGGAUGCUGUGCGAGCGCCUCCAAUCUCUGAAGUGCGCUCAGCAUCCGGACAUGCAGUGAAGGUCGCUGGAGUUGGUCGAGCUGCAUUCAGAGCACCUGAUGGUGGACUGGUUGUGCUGAAGGAUGUGUUACUCGUACCGGGGCUGAAGGCCAACCUGAUAUCGCUGCGCAAGCUAGGCCAGGCCGGAGUCAGCACCACCACCAAUGGAUCCAAAACAUUCAAGGGGCUGCGAGGAGAUCGUGUGUUAUGGGAUUUACACGAAAGCAGAGAUGUCUUCAGAUCCAUGUGGCAGAUCCCUGCACUGAUAUGGGAAUCAACAAAGAAGGAGUUGGGAGAAGUAAAGGCGGGUUCUGGAGUCCAGGGGGAGUGUAAUGCAGUUAGUGCUGCAGGAGUGACGGUUUCUGCAAGGUCGGGGGAGACUGAUUGGGAAACCGCACACAGGCGUCUAGGGCAUGUGGCUAUGCCAUUGCUGCAGCAACUGCAUAAGGAAGAAGCAGUAAAGGGGCUCAAGCUUUCUGGGCAACCAAAUGCUACCAAGUGCGAGACGUGUCUGCUGAGCAAGUUCACACGGUUCCCCUUUCACGGCGUAGCUGGGAAAAGCAAGGCAGCACUGGAACUGGUGCACAUGGACCUCGUAGGACCUUUUCCAGUCCGAGGAAGUAAGGGGGAAAGGUACUUCCUGACAAUAGUUGAUGACUGGAGUCGGCUGAUGUGGGCAUACCCGUUGAAGCAGAAGGAUCAUGCUGCCUCAACAAUACGAGAUGAUUGGCUGCCGUUCGUCGAGCGACAAUCUGGGCACCCAUGCAAGAGCAUCAGAACCGACCGAGGUGGAGAGUUUCUAGGAGGAGAUCUGACUGCGUGGCUCAAGAAACAAGGCAUUGAGCAUCAGCUAACGACGUCCUAUACCCCUCAGUCAAAUGGCGUUGCUGAGAGGGCUAAUAGGACCAUCCUGGAAACUGCGCGAGCGCUGCUGAUCGAAUCAGGGCUGGGGAACUCCAUGUGGCCUCAUGCGGUGAGGCAUGCUACAGUGGCAAGGAACCGCGUACUCACAAAGGUGGCUGAUGAUAUGUGGGUGCCGCUGGAGAGGUGGCUUGGAAAGAAGCCUCCAGUGGACAUGCUUCGAGUGUUCGGAUGCAUGGCAGUGGCGCAUGUCCCUAAACCGUACAGGACAAAGCUUGGAGCAUCUGCACUUUGGUGUGUGCACCUUGGGCUUGCGGCAGAGAGCAAGGGGUGGCUACUCUGGGAGCCCUCAAAGAAUGUGCUGUUUGAUAGUCGGGAUGUCAAAUUUGUGGAGAACAUCAUGUAUGGCAAGUGGGAGAAGCAGCCGGAGGCAAGGGUCACCCAGCAGCUGGAAGAGAUCACUAUGCACUUCGAUCUGUCCGAACCUGAGGACAGCGAAGUCACUGCGCCAACGGCAAGCGGUACUGAUGAAGGAAGCAAUGAGGAUAUUGCAGCUGAUGCUGAAGUCAAGGAUCCGGAGCAGCAGCAGCAAGAGGCUUCCAAAACACCAAGUCUGUCAAAGCGAAGGAAACAGAUUGGUGGGGGGACAAAGGAUUGGGUGAAGGUGAAAGAAUGGGUAAAUCCAACCAUCUACCCUGCACGUACCAGAAUGGCAAUGAGAAAGCUGUUGAGCUCCACAAGUGGAGGAGCCACAACUGAGCAGCAGGAACAGGCUCAAGGCGAAGAUGCAGUGCUGUUCUUGGGUGAUGACCAAGAGUCAGAUGACAAGGAGCCUGCAUACUGCUUUUACGCACCAAUACAACCUCCGAGCAUGGAUCAUGCGCUAGCCGGGCCUCAACGGGGGAAGUGGCUCGUUUCAAGAGAUGCAGAGUACAACAGCAAGAUGGAGAAUCACACAUGGGACCUGGUGUACUUGCCAAAUGGGAAGAAGGCAAUACAGUGCAAGUGGCUGGCAAAAAUCAAGACGGAUGAGAAAGGAGAGCCAUCAGUUUACAAGAGCAGGCUGGUGGCAAAGGGGUUUCAGCAGAAAGCGAAGGAAGAUUACAAAGAAGUGUUUGCCCCAACUGCUAAGUCUCCAACGCUACGUGUGCUGCUGGCGGUAGCUGCUGUGCGCAAAUGGAAGGUGAAGCAGAUGGACAUCGUAACCGCUUUUCUGUAUGGCAUUGUGGAAGAGGAGGUAUACAUGGUUCAACCACCUGGCUAUGAGGAUGGAACCGGUCGUGUCUGCAAACUUAACAAGGCCAUCUAUGGCUUGAAGCAGGCCCCGAGAUGCUGGUACAACAGGCUGGCCAGUGCACUGGAAGGGAUUGGAUUCCGUGCGAGUGCAUGCGACGAGAGCCUAUUCCUGAUGAGCGAGGGGGAGUCGCUUGUGCUUCUGCUGGUGUACGUGGAUGACAUCCUGCUCUUCAGCAGCAGUGACAAGGAGAUCGAUGGGGUGCAGCGGAAGCUCACAGAGCAGUUCAAGUGCAAGUCACUUAGAGAGGCAAGGUACUACCUGGGAAUGCAUAUUGAGCGGGAUACUGAACGUGGCUGGCUCAAACUGCAUCAGGGACAGUACAUCAACACCUUGGCUGAGAAGUACUCUCUGCAGGAAGAACGGGAAGUGGUCACACCUUUGCCUUCCGAGUUCAAACUCAUAAAGGCAGCUGAAGGAGAAGGAGUUGAGAGUGAAGACCAGAGGCAAUUCCAAUCCAUGGUCGGGAACCUACUCUACGCUGCUGUGCAUACUCGGCCUGACAUCAGCUUUGCUGUGGGACAGCUGGCUCGAGUAGUGCAAAAUCCAACAGAAGAGCAGUGUGGUGCAGCGAAGAGAGUGGUGCGCUACCUCAAGUCAUACCCUACAGUGGGAGUACAGUAUUCAGCCUCUGCUCAACUCAGUCAAAAAAGAAUUGAAGUCCUCAAAGAGAAGGGGAGCAGCUCGGAGAAGGAAAGGUGUUCCUUUCCUGUUUUGCUGAUGCCACGUGGGCUUCUGAGCAUGAGGAUUCAUCAUCAGUUGGUGGAUACAUCUGCAUGGUGGGAGGUGGGCCUGUAAGUUGGAGGUCCAAGAAGCAGUCUGAGACGGCACUAUCUUCAGUGGAAUCUGAGUACAUGGCGAUGUUUCAUGCGGCAAAAGAAAUCAUCUGGCUAAGGAGGCUCUUGAAGGAGAUCGGCCAUGAACAGACUUGUGCGACACCUCUGUUCAGUGAUAGCAAGGGAGCCAUUGCCAUGGCACGCAAUGCAGUUCUUCAUGGGUUGAACAAGCACAUGAGGAUCAUGUGGCAUUGGCUGCGGAAGGAGGUGAAGCUUGGGACACUGGAUCCGAUCUACGUGAAAACUCAGCAACAGCCAGCCGACUUCCUUACCAAGCGGCUAGCUGAAGAGCCACACUGGCGCUGUGCGAGGAUGGCGGGAAUGUCCUUGAACUAGAGACGGCGAAACAAGCCGACAGUCUGAGGGGGAGUGUGUUGGUGCAUAUUCGUUUGCACGUCAUCCUGUCGUCUGUUCGCAUCAUUUCGUUGCAUGUGUUUUGUGUGCUACGUUGUUUGUAUGGUUUGUUGGGUUUGCAUGUCUUUGCAUGUUCAUCUUGUGCUUGUGCAGAUGUGCUUGGAUUGUGCAUGACAUCGAGCACAUUCCAACGAGCCAAGAAUUGUUGGAAUCGGAGCACAUAUGAAGAAGUUACGAAGAAAUGUUUGAUGGAUUUGUUACAACUCAUUGGAAGUCCUUGUCAGCUGCUACACCAAAGCUGGAGAGCCCUAUAACGAGGAGGGACCAGCAUGUGUGGGACUUUUGUCCCCACCUUGCAGCUGCAGCAUUUGGGGUUUGGAGGCCAACCUGGCACAGUGUGAAAUUUGUCUUGCCAGGCUGGCUGAACCUGAGGAUGGGGAGUCAAAACUUUGACUCUUGUCAUGUUCUUGACCAUGGGCCUCCAGGGUCCUUCCCUUUCAUCCUUCACUUCCUACCCCACCUUCCAACUAUGCUUCAAUGCCUUUUCCAUCAUGUCUCUGAACUUGUAAGCUUCAAUCAUAGUGACUC